UUUACCCAACCACUUCUUUCCACUCCACGAAUUGUGACUCGACCAGGAUAGGAAACCCGUCAUGAUCUGAAGAGGCGCGCUCUCAGAUUUCUCGACUCAACGCCUUUCCCCUCCUUCCUACGCCGACCCUCUACGACUGCGAGCUCUUGGCAGCCAUGUCUCCAAGCAGUUCCCCCCUCUCCUCUCCGCUCUCCAGUGUCGCCUCUAGAUCGCCAACACCACCUGGAGACUAUCCAUCACCUCCAUCCAGCAAUGCGUCAGACAAGGAGACCGCGUCUGGGUCGCGCGACGCGCAAGGAGACGUGCCGGACUCUGAUGGCCCGCCACCCGCGAAGAGGCAAAAGAUCGCAAAGACGCGCGAAUUGAAGACCGAAUAUCUCGAUUUGCAGAAGCUUAUUGAAAGCGAAGAUGAGCUUCACCAUAAGACUCAAGACGCGAAGCUCACCAGGUUAAUGGAAGCUCUUCGCACGAAGCGCAAGAUCGUCGUUAUUGCGGGAGCUGGAAUAUCUGUUUCAGCCGGUAUACCUGAUUUCCGCUCUUCUAACGGCUUGUUCGCAACUCUGCGUACCCAGCACAAGUUGAAGGCUUCCGGCAAGCAUUUGUUCGACGCGUCUGUAUACCGAAGUGAUUCAUCUACGACUUCGUUCCACACCAUGGUUCGAGAACUAUCCCAUCUUACACAAACUGCAGAACCUACGGCAUUCCAUCACAUGCUUGCGACGCUUGCGGAGGAAGGACGCCUGUUGAGAUUGUACACUCAAAAUGUUGACGGUAUUGAUACUUCCUUAGAACCAUUGGCGACUACGGUCCCCCUGAAUGCAAAAGGACCUUGGCCAAAGACAAUUCAGCUCCAUGGAGGUUUAGGAAAGAUGGUUUGCUCCAAGUGUGGUCAUCUUGCAGACUUCGACGGUGCGCUGUUUGAAGGCCCAGAGCCUCCCGCUUGCGAAGAGUGUGAGACAAUCGACACAGUGAGACAAGCUAGUGGCCUACGGAGUCAUGGAGUUGGUCGUCUUCGCCCUAGAAUGGUCUUGUACAAUGAAUUCAACCCUGACGAGGAAGCUAUUGGAGCGGUGAGCCAUGCCGACCUGAAGACUAGGCCCGAUGCAGUCAUUGUUGUAGGAACGAGUCUCAAGGUACCAGGUAUUCGACGACUGGCAAAGGAGAUGUGCUCCGUUUCCCGAGGAAAACGAGGCGGGUUUACAGCUUGGAUCAACUACGACCCUGAACCCGUAGGCAUCGAAUUCAAGGAUUGUUGGGAUAUGGUUGUACGAGGAGAAUGUGAUGAGGUUGCACGACUGGUCAACUUUCCCAAGUGGAACGAGAAGGACUUGGGCGAAUACACAAUCGUCAAGAGUGAAGAGGUGGAGAAGAGCAAUACUCGUCCAGAAGUGGUUGUCGAAUCAUACCCUAUCACUUCUUUCCAGCCACCCGCAAUGCCUACACCAGUCGACAGUCCACGACAACAAAGUCCAACAUCGCAUGCUCCUGCCAAGCUCAAGCAAAUCUCACUCAGUUUCGCCGGUGGUCUAGCUAGUGAAGCCCCUGCCUCGAGGCCUGCGGAUGCGAAGAAGAAGCGUGGUAGGAAGCCAUUGCCUUCAAUGCCGACGAAGCCUAUGAGUGCAAUCAAGAAGACCUUCGGUGCCUCUAAAACCACGAAAUCCAUCGAAAGCAAACCUGUGAAGGUAGCCAGUAAAUCUGCUGGACCUACUUCGCCAUACUUUCCGAGCCUGCACAAGACUACCCCGUCAUCUCCCAUGCGGCCCGUAUCUCCUUUUGAGACGAGAAAUAACAAAGAUUUGUCUUCACUAAAGGCACCUGAAACUCCAAAACCCGUUGUUGAAGUACCCGUGUACCAACAAGGAACCAUCUCACCCAAGUCGGUCCCUACGGGAAUGGCGCAUCUACUGUCAUAAACCAUUGGUCGUCUUACAGGCAUCGCUGACCAUUAUCACUCAGCAAUGCCGGGGUCCUGUGCAUCAGAUUUCUUUUUAUACGAAAGCAUUGGGCUGGCGUUCGGAGCAUUUCAUAAAGGCAUCACAUUAGGAGUCUAUUAUGGAGAGGCACCCAUACCAUCCACAUCGGCGUUUUCACUGCAAUUGGAGGUCUCCAAUUGUUGCAUUUGGGAACUGCUGGACCAGCCAGCUUAUUGUACCCAGAAUUUCUUUCUUACUUGCAUUGCAUCUGCGCAUACCAGUCGCAUUGUUACUGGCUGUAAUUUUUCGGAGAACCUGGUGGGAGGAUUGAGCCUACAUAUGCUUGGCCUCCUCAUUCUGUACAUAGAAAUCAACACAUUCUGUGAC